AUGAUGAUGGAACGUAAUUCAAUGGAGAAUCUUAUACACCUACCAAUCUACGAGAAUGUUAUCAGACGAUAUGGUAAAUAUACAAAGAAGGUUAAUGGAGAACUUGUCAAAGUAAUUUAUGAUUGGUUCGAACGUGAAAAACGAGAUCAAGACAAAUAUCAUGGUCAUCAGUAUAAAUUAAGCUUGACAAAACAACAAUAUGAUCAAAUGAAAUCUCUUCUAUUGCCAAGAGGUAGACUUGUUAAUUAUAAACAUAAAUAA